AUGGCGGCCUUGCCCAAAAGAAUCAUAAAAGAAACCGAGCGUCUUGUCAGCGACCCUGUUCCGGGUAUCACGGCAACGCCUCUGGACGACAACUUGCGUUAUUUCGAGGUGACCAUCGACGGUCCCAAUUCGUCUCCUUACGCCAACGUCCGGUUUCUCACGAAAAUCUACCACCCCAACAUCGACAAGUUGGGCCGGAUCUGCCUUGACGUGCUCAAAGAUAACUGGUCUCCGGCGCUUCAGAUCAGGACGAUUUUGUUGAGUAUUCAGGCGCUUUUGGGAGCGCCCAACCCGGACGACCCGUUGGCGAAUGACGUGGCGCAAGACUGGAAGGCGGACGAGCAGAAGGCCAUCGAGGUGGCCAAGGAGUGGACCGAGAAGUACGCUGUGCCUAAAUAG